AAGUUACAGCACCUCUGUUUCAAUUAGUUUGUAUUUUGUUUUGUUGGUUCAAGAAUUUUAGCUUUCAAAUUCACCAUAAAAAUAACCAUAAACAUUUACCUUUGGAUCAUACCAUGUGAACAUUCACAUACGCCCUGGCCAUCCCUUUUUUAAAAGUGUUAGACAUCUCAGUCGGACAGUAUUAAUUACACGUGCUUCCCUAUUUAGCCAUUCCUCCUUCCUUCCCUCCUUUUGAUUCCAUCUCCAGUGUGUGCCAUAGCCCCACCCCUUUGACCCUAACCACUCCCCUGGCCCCUCCCCGAUCGCUGUGCCUGGAACAGACUGUAACUCAGACAGCAGACACAGCAGAGCCACAGAGACGGUGUCACACACUCAGCACCAGUAGACAUGGGCCAGAUCUUAAGCUGGAACCCCAGCUCGCGAGACCAACCGGCCCUGCAGGACGUCGCUGUAGAGCAACAGUCUCAGCAGGUCACACCCACCCAAACAUCUCAGGUCUCCACAGCGAAUCCUGCAAAAUAUGAGGUAAAACCUUUCACAUCGCCUGCAACCCCAUCAGCUCCUUCAGGAGCAUCAGGAGGUGGAGGCUUCACCACCACUCAGAAAGGACCUUCUGCUGUUACUCCUGCAUACUGAUUGCAGGCCACAGUCUCUAAACCACCACCUGCACCUUCUGCUAAAGUCCCAACUGUGAGCUCUGGGACUGGCCCUGCUGGAACGACAGGAGUGAAGGCCACAGACCCUCAGAAAGACAAGGCCCAGAGUACAACCAUUCCUUCAUCCAAACCGGGAGCUGCUAAGGUGGAUCCGGCUGUGGGGAAGCCCUCGGCCCCGGCCAGUGUGCAAAAGCAAACAAUCGCUCAAAAGGUGCAAGUGGAAGUGGGUCCUCCAGGAGCUAAAGUCAGCACAGUGGAUGUAGAUCUUGAUGCCCUGUCUGGCACAUUACCAUCAUCACAACCUGUGGCUCCUAAAGUCCCAGCAUUCACUGGACCAGAGGUCAAAGAGCCAAAUGUAAAAGCAGAGAAGGGUGUUAUCUGUGGUGAGAGAGAUGACACGUUGCCGCCAGGAUACAGACGAGCAGACCUGGAAAAGAAAACACCUGCUGGAGUUCCUGAGAAGCCUAAAGAUGUUCCCAAGCCCAUAAGCACAGACGAGGCGAUGGACUCCCUCUCUGCUGGGUUUGUGUCUUCAGCUCCACCUGCACCUAAGAAGACAGAUGUGAAAACUGAAACAGUAGGAGCAGUCGAUGUCCGUUCUGCAGGCAUCUCCAACUUUGCUCCCCCUCCUCCCUCUCAGAAACAAACGGCAACAUCUCAGCCUGCUGCUGUAACCAAAUCACCUGCUCCACCAGCUGACAAGAAAGCCAGGAUCGAGACCCCUGCACAACCCGCUAAACCAAAGACAGAUCAGACGGACAACUCCAUGUCUCUGGAUGCUCUCAGCGCUUUGGGUGAUACACUGGGUGCUCCGGAACCACCCAAAAAAUUACCUGAACUCAAGCCUGGGCAGAUAGUUGAUGAGAAGAAAUGGACAUCAGAGAAGGGUGUUCGCGUGGGGGAGAGAGAAGACACACUCCCACCAGGUUACAGAUUCUCAGAGGAAGAGCUCAUGAAAUAUCCUCCUCCUGAGAAAGAGCCCUCACUGAACACAGAUGAUGCCCUGGACAUUCUUUCUGGAGAUUUCACAGAGCCCGUGGCAGCACCUGUUGUUAAGGCCCCUGUCCCUCCUGCACAGGAAAAGAAGAAGCCUGAAGCGGUUCCUGAAAAGACUAAAGAUGUUCCUAAGGAAACAAAGAAACCUGCUGGGGUUCCUGAGAAAUCUAAAGAUGUUCCCAAGCCUAACGUGGAUGAAUUAUCAGCACUGGAUGCUUUGGCAGGUGAUUUUGUGGCUCCUGCACAAUCUGCGCCUAAGGUUUCUUCGGGUGCUCCUAAAACUGUCCCUCCUGGCCCUAAGCAAACAGCACAGACAGAUGAGGACGCUUUCAGCGCUCUAGGCGACACACUGGGUAAACCAGAGCCACCCAAAAAACAACCUGAACUCAAACCUGGGGACAUCGUUCAUGAGAAGGAUUUGACAUCAAAGAAGGGAGUUCGUGUUGGAGAGAGAGAGGACACACUCCCACCAGGUUACAGAUUCUCAGAGGAAGAGCUCAUGAAAUAUCCUCCUCCUGAGAAAGAGCCUUCCUUAGACACUACUGAAGCUCUGGAUAUUCUGUCUGGUGAUUUUAAAGCCCCUCCGGCGGCAUCGUCUGCCAAGACCCCCGUUUGUCCUCCCUCUAAGUCUCCCGCUACGCUUUCAGAUUCUGCUUUAGAUGCUCUUGCAGGUGAUUUUGUCGCUCCUUCUUCUGCAUCUAAAGUUCAGUCUGCCGUCUCUGUCCCCACACAUGCUGGCAGACAGUUGUCAGAAGGUACCUCAUCAGCUUUGGAUGCCCUCUCAGACACUCUAGCAGACUUUAAAGCAGCCCCUGAGCCUGCCCCUGUCCCGCCUAAAGACGUUGUUAAGGAAAAGAAUGUAGUUGAGGAGAGAGUGAAUAAACCAGGGGAGAGAGACGACACGCUUCCACCAGAAUAUCGUUUCACAGAGGAAGACCGCAAGGCAUUUGAAGCAGGAAAGCAGAAAGACGUCAAACCAAAGCCGACACCAAUUGAUGACACAGCAGCCCUUGACAUUCUGUCUAGUGAUUUAUCUGCAGUAGCGCCCGUAAAGCCCUCAGCACCUGAGGCCAAACACUUCACCCCUGAACCACAACCGCCAACAUAUAAGGCAUCAGGUCCAGUUUUCGACAAGCUGGCGGAAAAAGUGAUUCCCAACCUAACUGACCCCAAAGCCAAAGACAGCAAACCAAAGGGAAAGGGUGCAAAACCAAAGUCUAAACCAAAGAAACAGUCAGUAGAAGAUUCAUCAGCCACAGAGAAGCAGCCCGGUAAACUGAGCUCAGAUGUGGUGCCUUCAUCUUCCACAAAGAGUGGAAAAAGAUAGAUCACACAGAUUACAGCCGUAGCUUGUGAAUUCAUCGUUUACAUCGUUGCAGUAGAUGACCGUGAUGAUGUCUUUUUGAAUGCUGUUGAAUGUCUGUAUAAUGAAACUAGUGCACUUGCAAGGAUGCUUUAGAAAAUAACUGUAAAAUAAUAUUGCAAACACUAAACGCCCCAUGUGCCCGUUUUAUCACAAAAGCCUUGGAAAAUAAUCAAAUAACUUGUAUUGCACAUGUUGCACUCUUAAAAUGUAUUCCACUUGAUUUUGGAGGUGAAAUGAGAAUUUUUUAGCUUAAGCUCAAGGUUUUAAAUGUAUUUUCAGAACCACUAGUAAGUUGACAGGUGUUACAUUAUAUGUGGUGGGCAAAGUCAGAAUCUUUCACUUUCACUUUAACUCACUUGUGUUUAAGGGCAACCACAACGUUGCCAUUUUGCUACACAUCAGGGCUCACUGUUUGAUGCUUUAAAAUGUUCUAAUAGCUUUCAUAGCUGAUGAUAGAAACCGAAAUAUGACCUUUAAACCCAACUGUGUCAUGAAAUGUUGAACAGAUUCAGAUCCUAGAGCAUUCUAAGACGUUGUGUAAUAGCCAUUGUGACAGGACGGUAUUUUCAAGAAGGGAUUUAUAAUUAAAAUAUAAAACAACUUGUUUUGUUAGUUUGGAAUGUUCUUUUCUUAAAAUCUUUGUUCAAAUAAAGGUGUAAUGAUGA